UUUCAGGAGUAUAUCUGCGAGCUGCGGCUCCGCGCGGCUCAAUGCGCCGCCGCUGCUGCAGCUUCACACUCUUCCUCCCAGCGGAAGAAAGUUUCAAGAUGAAGUCCGUCGUCCUGCUGCUUCUCUGCCUCUCCUGUUGCCCGGGUUCGGUCGGUUCCGCUUCGGCUGUGGAGGACGCGUACAGCGCGGUCGUGGGCGUCGUGUCUCCGGGCCAGCGCUUCCUGAGCGGGGAGUCCCUGCGCUCCCUCUUUAAUACCCUGCAGAAGCGUGUGCAGUGCGGCGAGGUGCCGUGUGGAAAGUGUGACCUGGCAGGUUCUGUUCAUCAACUCAUCGGGAAUCACUCUGUCCACGGGACGGAAGAAAACGGAAACGUUGAGGAAAACGUGACAGUCAGCGUGUCUCAGUUCCCGGCUCUGGCUGCAGGCAGCGUCCUGUACCUGUCCUCGCCGGGCUCGGUCUGUACGGCGGUGGGUCAGGGGACCUGGGGAGAGGAAACGGACCGCUUCCUGCACAAACACACGCACUCAGACCACCGCUCGCACACUCACAUCGGUGUUGUUGGACUUGAGAGUGUGAUUCAGGACCUGCAAAACCACUAUGAGCCAUCAAAUAAUAAGAGCUGUGUCGCGGCCAGCAGCAUCAUGGCGGCGGUGGACCCGUCGUUUCCAGACCAGAAACAGGAAGUAGGCGCAGUGAUGGGGCGUGUCCUCUACUAUGCCCUGCUUGGUAACUGCUUCAGUGGUCAGUCCCUGCCUGAAGAGAACUUCUUCCUGGAUUACAUCAUGACUCGACUUGGUUCAGAAAAUUUCACCGUUCAUGAUUUGGAGGUUCUCAUGAAGAACCUGAAUAUUGGUUCAGAGGACGACCACGACCAUAGCGAAGACACUGAUCAUCAUCGGAGGAAGCACAGCAGAAGCAGUAGCAACUGGGAGCAUCACUGUUUCACAGCUGACGAACUGAUCCAGAUCUACAAACUUACUGAGGAAAGUUCUGGCAUGGGUCGAUCUGGCGUUGCAAAGCUCAGUCCUGCUCUGGUCCAGCAGAUCCUGAGUGGGUCGUGCACCAACGUGUCAGAACCUGUGACGCCCGAGGAGUCGUCCCCCGCUGAGAAAUACCUUUAUGCAACCAUUGCCAAUGUGAUCAUAACCCUCAUUUCCAUGCUUGGCAUCGUGAUGCUGCUGUGUACAUCAUGCACCAAACUUUUCCAGAUGUGUGUCCAGUUCUGCAUCAGCAUGGCUGUCGGUGCUCUGACUGGAGACGCCCUGCUGCACCUCGUACCAAUGGUUCUUGGUAUUCAUGUUCACACAGAGGACGGUAGCGACUCUCAUCAGCAUUCAAACGGCGAUCACGCAGAAAUCCCAGACUACACGUACAAAAUGCUGACGGUGGUUGGAGGGGUUUAUGUAUUUUACCUGAUGGAAACCAUCUUCUCACUGGUCACGAAUGAAAAUGAACACAAUCAUGACAAGGGGAACGAAUCAAACCCUCACCACUGCGAUCAUGUUGGGGUUUUAGAGAUGUACCAACAGGAAAAGAAACAAAAACAGAAAUCUCAGUCUGUGUCCAAGGCAGAUCUGGUUGAUGAUGAAGACAAAGAAGAAAGGUAUGAUUCAGAGCAGAAAAAGCGGAGAAGAGAAAAGCAGCUGCUACCUUACAUGAUAACCAUUGGUGAUGGGAUACACAACUUUGCAGACGGAUUAGCGAUAGGCGCGGCUUUCUCCAUGUCAUGGAAGUCCGGCCUGGCCACAUCAGUGGCGGUGUUCUGCCACGAACUCCCUCAUGAACUCGGGGAUUUUGCCAUCCUGCUCCACUGCGGCUUGUCUGUCCAAAAGGCAUUGCUUUUAAACGUGGGCAGCGCCCUCACCUCUUUUAUAGGCCUGUAUAUCUCUCUGUCUGUAGCCACUGACCUUGCAACCCAGCAGUGGAUAGGUGCUAUAGCUGCAGGGCUCUUUCUCUAUAUCGGUCUGGCUGAUAUGCUCCCGACGUUGGUCCACGUCAGCAGCAAGAAGCCGUGGCAUAAGUUUCUCUUGCAGAACGCCGGCAUCCUAACCGGCUGGAUUCUGCUGCUGCUGCUGUCACUUUACGAGGACAAGAUAAGCUUUUAGUAGUUUUAUUUCUAUUAAACAAGACUUUCCUAAUGGCUCAUCUUUUCCCUGAAAACAUUGUAAAGCCUUUAGACAAAAAAAAAAAAAUCUAAAUGAAUGUUUGAAUAUUUCCUCAAAGUUGUCUAAAUUGUAAACCCCAGAAAGUUUCGUCCCUGAGUUAGUUUAGCUCUUUGCAUCCUUUACUGUGGGUACUCUGGAUCCUCUGCAUAUCUUGUCCUAUGACUUGAGUGCAUCAUAACCUCUGAUUGCACAUGCAGAGACAUGCACACAGAACACUGUAAUGUCACUGUGCAAACUGAGCACAUCAUGCAAUCUGAUAAAAUACAGAGAGUUUUUUUAAUCCAAUAUAAAACUGAAACUGAUGAUGGAGGUGCAGAAACCUCCCUUAUUUAUAGGAGGAUUUUACAGAUUGCAAGGAAAUAAUAAAGCGUAGCCUUGAUGCACAUGUUGUAUCAAAUAUAAAGAGUUGCAUACUGAUGUGCUUCAAAUGAAAUGAGGUUUUAUAAAUGUAAAACUUGGAGAUCAUACACAGGGAAGUCCCAGUAUGGAGUGAAUAAAAACCUGAAUCCAAAUACCAAAUAAAAAGGUUGUAUGACAAUGUGAACACAUUAAAACUACCAGUAACAUAGAACAGACUUUGGAGAUGUUUUUUCAGAGUUUUUAUAAAAUGUUACUGAACUCCAUCAAAUGUGACCCAAUACAAUGUAAACUCAUUUUUAAAAUAGUAAAUGUUAAAUGAAUAGAAAUGUGUCUUUUGUUGUUUUGGGGGGUUUUGUCUUUGCUGCUUAAUUUAUGUUUCUCUUAACUUUUCAGUGACACAUUUUGAUGCACUUUUCUUUGCUAAAUGGCUGUUGACAAAGACACUGAGUUUGCUUUGGAUUUUCUGUUUUUAACCAAAGCCGAUUAUUGUUUCUGUAGCUUUUUUUUUCUUUUCUUUUUUACAUAAGUUAAUUAUUUUUAUGACGGAAUGAUGAACAUAUCUGUUAAUGGGAAAAUGAUGUAUCUUUUUGAAUAUCGUUUUCUUUCUCUGUAAUAACAGAAGAAUCACUGGUGCUGUACGAAUAAACUGAUCUGAAUUGA